GACCAAAUGACAACAAAGCACACAGCAGCAGCGCUCCUCACUUCCAUGUUAUGACAACAGACACUUGGAUUAAUGCUUAAACUUGCCCUGUGUACCUGCUCCAGGUAUGAGUCCUCUUUAAGACCUUCAUCUGUUGGAGAAGUUAAAUAUUGUGUGAAAUGUGCACACUGUGUCCUCUCUGACCACGCAAACACACACACACGCCCUGUCCCUGAGGAUCAUGGGAAGGAGGUUUUAGAUUCGAGGGAGCAGUUCAGACACACAGGAGCAUGAGGAGGUUUUUCCGAGCGCAUAGGGACGAAGACUACAGUCAGAUCCAGUACCUGACCGCCAAAUGCACCCGCCUGACUCAUGAUAAAGGAGUACUGGACAGAGAAUUUCUGGUGUCCAGAGAGAGGGAGAGGAAACUGCAGAAUGAUCUGGAAGCUGUGACCACUCGACUCCUCCAACAGGAGCAGCUGAACAUUGAGCUCAGGAUGAACCAGGACCAGCUCAUCAGCAGGAUCCACCAGCAGCAGGACCUGGUGGGCUUGCUACAGCAGCGUGUGGUCCUGCUGGUGGAGGAGAGCUCUCGGGACGCAGAGCUGCUGCAGCAGGUUAGCUCCGAGUUGCUGUGUCUCCAGAGCUCUGAAGUUCAGCUGCAGGGCCUGGUGGAGCAGCUGCAUGCUGAGGCCCAGCAUCGGGCUGCAGUGGCAGACAGCCUCAAGGCAGAGCUGCAUGCUGAGGCCCAGCAGAAAGCUGUAGUGGCAGAGAGCCUCCAGGCAGAGCUGCGCAGUAAGAUGCUGGAGCUUGAGGAACUACAAGACACCAACAGGAGCCUCAGAGAGGAGCUGAGGGAGCUCCGCAAAGCUCAUAGCAAAGAGGUAAGAGAACUGCAGCAGGAAAAUGAGGGAAGUCUGAAGAAACUGCAGGAGACAGCAGAGCAGUUUGAGUGGCUUUGUCAGCAACAACGCUACUGGAUGUGUUGUGUCAAGAGGUUCAAAGACUGUCUGAUGGAGGAGCGGAGGGUUGGGAAAGAAAAAGAGCUACAUGAUGGCAGUUUAAAGCAGACCCUCCUCCGUCCCCUACCAACCACAGAGGGCUGCGACAGCCUAACAUCAUGGGAUGAAGAGCAAAGGGCAGAUCUGGAUUCACAGGUCGAGAAGUCCAACAUUUUUUAUGAGGAGCUCUUUAACCAGGCCGGGAACCCUGUCAUCAGAAACCACAAACCUCCAUGAGGACAGAUGCCUGAGGACUCAUCUUCACUUUCUCUUCCCACCUUUAGCAAACAAGAAUAUAACUACAAGAUGUUUGUAUGUGUGGCUGUGUGGGAAGACUUCCAGUCAUUGUUCUGAAAAACCAAACAGUCUUGGAAAAACAUACCUGUAAAACCACACGGCUGUUGUUCCUCUUCCACUAUUGUUUACAAUGAUUUAUAACUGUAUUAAAAACUCUACAACCCUC